AUGGUAUCGACACAUAACCGGGACAAGCCAUGGGACACUGAAGAUAUUGACAAAUGGCAAGUGGAUGAGUUUAAGCCGGAAGAUAACGCAUCAGGACUGCCUUUCGCCGAAGAGUCUAGUUUCAUGACUCUAUUUCCCAAGUACAGGGAAGCGUAUUUGAAAUCCAUCUGGAAGAAUGUCACAAAAGCUUUAGAUGCGCACCACAUCGCUUGCGUUCUCGAUCUUAUGGAGGGUUCGAUGACUGUCAAGACAACACGCAAAACUUUUGACCCAGCAAUUAUCCUCAAAGCUCGAGACUUGAUUAAGCUCUUGGCUCGUUCUGUACCAUUUCCACAAGCUGUCAAGAUUCUGGAGGAAGAUGUGGCCUGUGAUGUUAUAAAAAUCGGCAACGUGGUAGCAAACAAGGAAAGGUUUGUCAAGAGAAGACAGCGUCUUGUUGGUCCUAAUGGUAAUACUUUGAAAGCUUUAGAAUUGCUCACUAAGUGCUAUAUAUUAGUGCAAGGCAAUACAGUGAGCGCAAUGGGUCCCUACAAAGGUCUAAAAGAGGUCCGCCGUGUAGUGGAAGACACAAUGAGGAACAUUCACCCUAUUUAUCACAUCAAAGAGCUCAUGAUAAAGAGGGAGUUGUCUAAGAGGCCAGAACUCGCCGAGGAAGAUUGGUCUAGGUUUUUGCCCACGUUCAAGAAACGAAAUGUUGCACGUAAAAAGCCUAAGGUCAGAAAAGAGAAGAAAGUUUAUACUCCAUUCCCACCUGCUCAACAGCCUAGAAAGAUUGAUUUGGAGAUUGAAAGUGGUGAGUAUUUCUUAAGCAAGAAGGAGAAGGAGAUAAACAAGCUCAAGGAACGUAGGGAAAAGCAGACUGAAAAGCAGCAAGAAAAGGAGGAAGCCAGAAGUAAAGACUAUAUUGCACCUAAAGAAGACAUUUACGCGAGCUCAUUAGACAAUGAGAAAAGAAAGAGGAAGUCUGCAGAGAGGGAAAAAUCGAAAGGCGAUAGGCUUGAGGCCAAGAACAAUAAACGGGUUAAGAAAGAAUAA